AUGGACGAGGACGACGAAGAUGACGAAGAUUUUCCAGAGUCUGUGAAAACUCUCACUGACAGCUCCUUCCAGGACUUCAUCACGACCAAUGAGAGGGUCUUGGUGGAGUUCUAUGCGCCCUGGUGUGGUCAUUGUCAGCAGCUCGAGCCGCACUACAACCAGGCAGCCGAUGCUUUGCGAAUGGAAGGUGCCAAAACAAUGCUGGCCAAGGUUGAUGCGACUGCAGAGACGGCCUUGGCACAACAAUACCAGGUGCAGUCGUACCCGACAUUGAAAUACUUUGUGCGAGGAGGCGAUCCGGUUGAGUACGAUGGUCCUCGAGAAGCCGAUGGUAUUGCUGAAUGGCUCAGAAAGCGAGAGAAGCCGGCAGUGGAAGAGAUGACGGAGUCAGAGGUCGAGAGUUGGAUUAAGAAGACUUUGGAUGCACAUGCUUUUGCCUUGGUGGCACAUGUGAAGAAAAAGUCAGCACGGGCCAAGGCGUUUGCCAAGGCUGCCGAGAGUCUCAUAGACCACAAGGGCUCGAAAUUGAGGUUUGCAGCUGUUUGGCUGCCAAAAGCAGCCGAUCCAAAGAAGGAUGCUCACCUUUCCAUUUCUCGCGCGCGCCUCAAUAUCAACCGAUGCCAAAUCUAG